GCGCCUUGUUCAGGUUUCUCCAACAAUCAAAUCAACAUUCAAUCAUUCCGAUCCUACAAUACAAGGAGUCGACCUUUAACCUUGGUUGCGUCUCUCCAUCAAUCCAACUUGCACCAUUCACGUAGUCGUGCAUAGGCCAGUUACCAUACACCAACCCUCGCCGGACAACAUCUUGCACGUUAUACCAGCCAACAUAUCCCACAUUCUCAAUUGACUCCGGCUCUGUCGCCUGCUCCAAGAGAUCCAAGCUGAGGUUACCCACCAUGUCGCGAAGAACUGGAGCGACCAAUGCGGGCGAGAAAGAGACGUCGGUGCAGCCGACGAACAAUAGUCAAGAGAAGCAAGCCAUGCUACUUGCUCAAGACAGCGGCCAUUUCAGCAUGAUUAGAGCACUGCACUUGGCCGACCUGAUCACCGAGAUGAAUGGCUUUUGCGGAUUCAUGUCCAUCCUCUCCUCAAUGCGAUACUGCCUGGGCGACCCUCAAGACCUCAGCAACCUUUGGUUCGCAUUCGCGCUGAUGCCAUUCGGCCUGUUCUUCGACUUCUUCGACGGUAAAGUCGCACGUUGGAGGAAAAAGUCCUCAUUGAUGGGGCAGGAGCUGGAUUCGUUGGCUGAUCUGGUGUCGUUCGGAGUGGCCCCUGCCGCCGCGGGAUUCGCCAUAGGCUUUCGCACAGGCGUCGACCAGUUGUUUCUCAGCUUCUACGUGCUCUGUGGCCUGACGAGACUGGCCAGGUUCAAUGUGACGGUCGCCAUGCUUCCCAAAGACAAGACAGGAAAAUCAAAAUAUUUCGAAGGCACUCCCAUCCCAUUUGCUUGCCUUACCACCUCGGCGAUUAUGGCGACAUGGACCUACACGGGUUUGAUCCACAAUUCUAUACCGCUGGGUACGGCCUUGUCCGGCACCGCGCUCGAGUUCCACCCCGUCGCUCUUCUUUUCAUCAUCAAUGGAUGCCUUAUGGUCAGCAAGACACUUCAUGUUCCUAAGCCUUGAUAGAGCGGGAAUGAGCUGCUGAGCGGAUGAAAAUGCGUUCGUUGGAAAUGAAGGUGAGGGGGUUUCUUGUUUUCGGGGUCGGGACCAUCGAUAGAACACCAUGAGAAAGCGUCUAUGCAUGCAUAUGGCGAUGGUAAUGAGAAUACGGAUUCGCUGAAAGGAGCAGCAAUAAUCCGAGAAGCGAAUGCGGAUGCAACCUGCUCAAGCGAGUGAAAAAAAUCAAGCAGCAAGUUUUUGAUUGUUUCUGGCCUGCUCUUUCUCCGAUGUGAUGUGACCUUUGGAAGUGAACGCGCUGAAACGUCAGAUAGCGCUGCUUAUGACCGAGAACCCUGCUCACUACAAACCACUGCACUUGUUCCAGAUCGAGUACCCGUUUCAUAUGUGCUUACGAGGAGGCUUAAGCGGUUCGAGUGGAGUACUAUGUUAUCUUGUCUGUGGCCUAACCGGAGGUAUUAGUACAGUAUUUUGCCUGAGAGCCCGACUGCACGUCGUCAUGCAGUGCAUCAUGCCGAACGAUCUACAGGACUACUAGGAUGAGACUAAGUCCCUAGUUAGUCCUCGGAACGAAACAAUCCAUGAUCGUCGAGAUGAUGUAUGUGAAGCCCAUAAAGCCCAUACAUACUGUUCAUCUGACCUGCUCCCUCGCUCGGUACUUUAAGCAAAAUCUGCAAGAGUAGAGUACUUUUCCUUCCACAAAUCUGCAGCCACCAUGCCAGUGGACGAGUUGAAGUUACUUCUGCAUUAUUGGCUCCAGUCCCAAUCACCGUACUGCAAAAAGUAAAAGGGGUCGUCCAUGAGCGUAUUCGUAUUUUGUUGUUCAAGUGACAUGCCAGUGGUGGGGAAAAGAAGGUCGGAAAAGUUGGUCGCCUCCUGAGCGGACGAGAAAGGCUCUGGCUCGGCGCCGAGCGUCGUGGGAGGGUUGAAGGGGUUGCCAAUAUUGGGGUUCAAGUUGGGCUGCUGUUGAGAAAUAUUUGAGGGCGCGG